AUGAGGACAACAACACUUAUUGUAUUAUUAGUGUCACUUCUAUUGGCAUUGACUAUUGUCGAUGUCCAAUCAAAGAUACAUCUACCACAUCUGUUGUCAAACAGACGUUCGAGAUCAAUCGAUGAUCAACAAUCAGAGAUCAACAACAAGGAGAUUACAACUGCAGUCGAGAGAUUGAAGGCUGCCCGCUCUACACCAUUGACACAGAGAUCGAAUGAUCCCACCGACUAUGAGGUGACCCAACUGCCAGGCCUCUCAGCCUCUGUCAACAUCACCCACUACGCCGGUUACAUCAACAUCAACGAGCAAACCAAUGGCAACCUCUUCUUCUGGCUCAUCCAAGCCAACGCCACAAACUAUCUGGAUCUUCCAUUCUUGAUUUGGAUUAAUGGUGGACCUGGUUGCAGUUCCAUGGAUGGCCUGUUUGUCGAGAAUGGACCAUUCAGACUCACGAACGACUCUGGUGACUACCUCAUCAACAUCAAUCCAUCGUCAUGGCACAACGUCGCCAAUGUACUCUACAUUGAUGAGCCAGUCGGAACUGGAUUCUCAUACGUCACCAAUCAACAGGGAUACGUUACUGAUGACACUGAUUUGGAGAUUGACUUUUAUAUCUUCCUCCAGGAGUUCUUUGGUAUCUUCUCAGAGUUUAAGACGCUGCCAUUGUUCAUCUCUGGUGAGUCAUUCGCCGGUCACUACAUUCCACACUACGCCAACUACAUCCUCGAGAUGAACACGGCCAUUGGCAACGGAACACUUAAUGAGACCACUCUCAAUCUCAAGGGAUUGGCCAUUGGCAACGGAUGGACCCAUCCCAUCACCCAGUACGACUCGUACUCUGAGAUUGGCUACGCCGCCGGCAUCAUCAGUCUCGACCAGUACAACGCCUACAAGCCUCUGGUCGCUGCCUGUCAGGCCCAGAUCAACCUCGGCGUCUACGACUCGAUCGAGUGUGGCAACGUUCUAGGACAGCUGUCCGACGACAGUGGCACCAACACCACUUCGCAGGUUAACGUCUAUGACUACCGUCUGUACGACCCAACUGGCGGUGUUGAGUGGCCCGUCGGCAUCUUUAACGAGGCUGCCUACCUGGCCCUUCCCUCCGUGCGCCAGGCCAUCCACGUCGACACACCCACCCAGGUCGCCCCCACCGUCUGGGCCGAGUGCAACGGCACCGCUUCGCAGUUCCUCACCAACACUGACGAGUCGUCGCUGGCGCUCUUCCCCAACCUCCUGGCCAACCUGCGCGUUCUCGUCUACAACGGCCAAUUCGACAUCAUCUGCAACCACAUUGGCACCCAAGAGUACCUCAACCAGAUGGAGUGGAACGGCGCCACCGAGUGGAACGCUCAGCAGCGCGUGAUGUGGUUCGCCGAGAAGGACAACAUCAUGCAGACGGCCGGCUACGUCAAGGGACCCGUGCAGAACCUGACCUUCAUGCUGGUGCUGGGCGGCUCGCACAUGGUGCCAAUGGACCAGCCCGAGUUCACCUUUGACAUGAUCAACAAGUUCAUGAACAACCAGACCUACGCCAGCUCGCCACAGACUAACGGUGUCAUUGACAACACCAAGAUCAUCACCUCCCCACUCACCCAAACCUCCUGGAUCCUCAUCAUCUUUGGAUGCUUCACCGCUGGUAUCAUCCUCGGUGGAUUCAUCAUCUUUGGACUCUACCGUCACAAGAUCAUUGGUGAGGAUACAUCCUACCACAAGGUCAACUAA